GGGAGAGGUGCCAACCCUGGUGGGACGCAAAAUUUCUACACCUGCGAAAUAAAAGUUUACUUUACUUAAUCCGCAACCAUGGCACUCCAGAGAUCCUCGUCUAUAAGCAUGACUUUCAACCAAAACACUGCGUUUGUUUCGCGUUCCGAUGGUCAGACACUGCUUCUGGGAUCUUUCGAGGAGUGCUUGGAAUUCAUAGACCUAAGCAAUGAACUGUUCCAACUGCCACCGGUGAGGUCCUCCAACAGUGGCGGCAGCGGCGGAGCUUCCGGCUUGCUGCAGAGUUUCGUGGCCACCGGAUAUCCCCACCUGGUGAUCCAAACACCGGAUGGAUCCCACUUGGACAACAAUAUCUAUGCAAUCCCGGCUAAUAAUUGCGACGCCAAUAACAACGCACAAGCAUUCGACAAAAUCAAUCAAUGGGGCACUGACUCCGAGGAUGAUGUCCAUGUGGUGAACGAAGCCUCUUUGGGAUCGGUCGAUUCCGCUGUGGAGGAUGCUCAGGAGGAUAUUGAACAGGCGGUGGGGGUGACAGGAUCGGAAUUGACCACCGAACCCAUGGCCUUUCUUCAGGGACUAAACUCCGAGAAUCUGAUGCAGUUCAGCCAGCAAUCCGUGCUGCGCGAGAUGAUGCUGCAAGACAUCCAGAGCCAGGUGAACACGCUGCCCAAACUGGAGAACCACAACAUUGGCGGCUAUAACUUCAGCAUGGUUCUGGAUGAGCCGCCCAAGUCACACUGGAUGUUCUCGGUGCCGCUGAACAAGCUUUACAUCCGGAUGAACAAGACCUUCAACGUGGACGUUCAGUUCAAGGCAAAGAUGCCCAUCCAGCCACUCAAUCUGCGUGUCUUUCUCUGCUUUACAAAGGAUGUCAGCGGUCCGGUGCUGCGCUGCCAGAAUCACCUGAGCGUAGAGCCACUGACCGGCCAAAACAUGAAGAUGCGAGAAAGCUUGCUGCGCAGCGAGAAUCCCAACAGCGUGUACUGCGGAACGGCCCAGGGCAAGGGCAUUUCGGAACGUUAUUCUGUGCUGAUUCCGCUGAACAUGUGUCGAUCUGGCAACCGGAGCGCUGGUCAUGUGCGCCAGACCCUGGCCUUCAAGUUCGUCUGCCAGAACUCCUGUAUUGGCCGAAAGGAAACCUCCUUGGUCUUUUGUCUGGAGAAUGCAAGUGGCGAUAUCGUAGGACAGCAGGUCAUGGAAGUCAAAAUCUGCACGUGCCCGAAACGCGAUCGCAACCAAGACGAACGCCAAAUGAAUGGCAAGAAGCGGAAGUCCAUAGCUGAAGUUACCGAUGAAGAAGAGCAGGAUAUAAAGCCCUCAAAGGUGCGUCGGCGCACGGUGUCGUACAAAAGUGAUAUAAAGAAGGAGGAGACGGAGAGCAACGACAGCCACGACAGAGACACCAGUGAGCCCAUCUCGGAUUGGAACGUGUCGACGACCAAGAACGGAGAGUACCGCUUGGCCAUUACCUGCCCCAAAAAGGAGUGGCUUCUUCAGGGCAUUGAGGGUAUGAUCAAGGAGGCGGCGACUGGAGUGCUGCGAAAUCCCAACCAAGAGAAUCUGCGUCGCCAUGCCAACAAAUUGUUGACCCUCAAGAAAUGUGCCAAUGAGCUGCCAUGACUUUGGAGCUGACCAACAUUUUUACUACUUUACACUGUGAACCGCCAGACACCUUUGAAAUGUGUUGCAGAUCUGAGGUAUAGGUGUAAAUAUCUUAAGUUUGUAUUAAUCUUUGUUUGUUAGGCGUUUAAUAGUGAUAUUCCUAUGCGGACUUGGCACGCACAUAGCCAAAAAGAAAAGAUUUUUAUAUUUUUUAUAAUAUUAUACAGCUGUUAAACUCAGUUAUAUGAAACUAAGUAUUUAUAUGUAACACAACGAAGGAACUUCCCAUACUCUGUACAAAUAAGCCAAAAGUGAACUGAUUAAAGAGCUGUCAUGUUUUGCAAGCA